CGGAUGUGCAAUUUUUAUUCUUACAAUUAGUGGACGUUCGCAGGAAUUGCAAGAGCGCGAUACUAGAUUACACGAUUGAACAAAGCGUGAAAGUGCGGCGGGUUCGCCGCGUGAGAUUCAGUAGAUGCAAGUUCACGGAUGAGAGAACGCCCGAUGCAACUUGGUGAUCCAUGUAGAAACGCGGCCUUGCCCGCGGAUCUUUGAUGCCGCUAUCGUUGCAUCACGGACUUCCUUCGCACUCGCACUCGCACUCGCGGUAACGAGCGCGCACGGUGACGAGGUCUCGGAUAUAAACGAGCAAAGCAACGUCGGUUGCAAUCCGCGCAGUGUGGGAUGCGACGAUUUUAAUUCCCGCGCGUGAGAGAGCCGCCGUCGAUCUACGCCGCGGCCGUAGCUUGGAGAGGCGCAAGGGCGAUUCCUGUUUGACGAAGUAUAAGAUGAGAAGGUCACGAUGCUGAGACCCGGAUCCAUAGUGGGCCUGCUGGUCCUCGCGGCCGCGCUGAAGAUCGGAGACUCCAACCGCUGUCUGACAAUGCUGGAAGAGGUCAAUCCAAAGAGGGUGAUUCAUCACGAGGGUCAUUUCUUGAACAUCGAAUUUGAAGUUUCGAGAAGAGUGACGCAGAGAUUGGCGUCGCAGAUUAUGAAAAUCUUCCUGACCGAGGUAUUGGGAUACACAGGAGUCGUCAUUGUCGAGAAGGAUGACAGGUUCAAUGCCUCCGAAGUCUUUGCGAGAUUGUCCGAGAUGCCGACCUACACGACGUACAGAAUAUUUCCAGAAACGAUGGUGAACAUGGAAGUGUGGAUUCCGCCGCAGCAGGACACGUCGCCGCUGCUGAACAAAUACGACGUGAAGGAAUGUGGCUCGAUAGCUCCGCCAGGACACUUCGGUUGGUUUGUUCCGGAAGCGUUAGCCAGACCCGAUGACAGUUGGUUGGUCUUUACCAGGUUGGAGACCGCCAGCAGGUUCGUCGUCGACGAGGCAUAUCUGCCGAUUGUCAAGAAUUUCAUGAGAAGCUCUCCGAACACCACUGGGAGAAAUACCACUGAGGAAUACUACUGCCGCGAAUACUUUUGCCAACACGGGAUGUAUGUCCCGGAACAAUGUCACGGUCAAGGCCAGCGGAGGCCGCCGAACUGCGCGCUAUUGCUAGCCGAGUAUCCUGAUGUGACGCGUUUCGUAAAAGAUCACAUCGAUCAGCUGAAGCUCUACGUUAAGGUGGCGUGGGUGGGACCGAAUCUCAGGAAUCUAACCAAAUAUUUAACUAAAGAGUACAUGCAGAACGCUUCAACCUUCACUGAGACCAGAUCAUUGGUGAUUUUGCACUAUUCGCCCAGUAGCGUGAUCUCGAACGAAAGGGAAUUUAUGACGAUCGAUUUUCCACGUUGCGGAACGAAAAAGAAAACGAUCGGCUGCGCAUACGAGUCGAAUAGAUUGACAAAAUUGGUGUGGGGUAGGCUGGAGAUGAUCGCGAAGAUCGCCUUCCAAGCGAUAAACCGCGCCAAAUUUACUCGGGAAAUGUAUGAAGAUUUGAUCACACGUCGUAUAAGAUCUGUGGACGCUUCAGAUGAAGACAUCGCUUGCGAUUGGUUGAAGGAUAAUUUGAACUAUACCCUUGCGAAGUGGAAGCCGAACAACGAUGACAAGAAUACUCUCUACGUAGGCGGUAUAUUUCCCAUGAGUGGUAACUCCUACAUGGCCAAGUCGAUCGUGAUCGCCGCUAGAAUGGCGAAAGAAGUCAUCAACGUUAAUAAUACUCUGCUGAGAGAUUAUAACUUGACUUUGUUAGCUAGUGACGGCCAGUGCAAGUCAGAUAUGGUAAUGAAAUCCUUCAUCGAUUACAUCAUACAUAAUUACUAUGAGAAGUUGGUUGGCGUAUUGGGACCAGCUUGUUCGGAGACAAUAGAGCCAUUGGUCGGAGUGUCGAAGCACUAUAGAACGGUGAUUAUCAGCUACAGCGCCGAAGGUUCCAGCUUUGACGAUCGCACCAAAUACCCGUAUUUCUUCAGGACCAUUGGUGAAAACAAGCAGUACAAACAUGUCUAUGUGCAACUUUUCCAGAGACUAGGUUGGCAUCGAGUGGCUUCACUGACCGAGGAUGGACAGAAAUAUACCGAGUAUAUAUCGUACAUGCAGGAUAUGCUCAGGGAUAAUAGCAUUGACUUCGUGGCGAACGUCAAGUUUCCGAGAGAGCGAGAAGCCGACGUGAUGACGAAAUAUUUGCAAAAUUUGAAAGAAAAACGGGCAAGAAUUAUUAUCGCAGACAUAUACGGUGAGGUGGCUCGUCAAGUCAUGUGUCAAGCAUAUAAAUUGGAGAUGACAGCUGUCCAGGGUUAUGUUUGGUUCCUUCCGCUUUGGCUCCAGCCACAAUGGUAUGACACCGAUCAUUACAAUGAGAUCGGCGAAGAAGUACCUUGCACUACGGGUGAAAUGAUGAAAGCCAUAAACGGGCAUCUCGGUCUGUCGCACGCGUACUUCGCUCGAGAUGACGAUAUAAUGCAGGAGGGAAUCACUGUGCGCGAAUGGCGCGAUCGUUAUGAGAACAUCUGCCGAACGCAGAAUCAACAACCCUCUAACUACGCCGGUUACGCCUACGACGCCAUGUGGACUUAUGCUUAUGCCAUGGAUCGACUUAUCCGUGAGAACCAGAGUUACGUUUUCGAUCUUCACAGCGAUCAUACGGUCAAUCGUCUCACGCACAUUAUCGGCGAGACCGAUUUUUAUGGGGUAUCCGGAAGAAUCAAAUUUUUAGGUGGACCAUCGAGAUACUCUGUUAUUAAUAUUGUACAGUUUAUCGAUAAUGAGACACGCGUCGUUGGUAACUUUUAUCCAAAUAUUUCGGAAGCCAAACAUGAAGUAACCGGUGGCUUCUUAGAUCUAAAUAUUUCGGCAUUCACUUGGUUGUCGGAAACGAUGCCUGAUGACGGUUCGGAGCCUCCAUCGAGAUGCGUCCUGAGCGGAUUGGCAGAAUUACUGGACGUUUCUUGUGAAGUUGCAAUCGUAGUUGCUAAUAUUAUCGGUUUUGGCCUCCUGGGAGUGGUUCUGAUUGGUAGCUUUAUUUUUAUUAAACGAAACUAUGACAAGAAAAUGCAGAUGCAUGAAAAAUACAUGAAGUCCUGGGGUAUCCUAACACAAAUGGAUACUUCCAGUUUGGACGAAUGGGAAAUUCCUCGAGAUCGAGUAGUGAUCAACCGGAAACUCGGAGAGGGAGCUUUCGGUACUGUUUAUGGCGGUGAAGCUUUCUUUACUGAGAAAGGUUGGCUAGCUGUCGCCGUAAAGACCCUGAAAGUCGGCAGCUCGACCGACGAGAAACUCGAUUUUCUAAGUGAAGUUGAAGUUAUGAAGAAAUUCGAGCAUCCAAAUAUCAUCAAAUUGUUGGGCGUGUGCAUAAAGUGUGAACCUGUGUUGACCGUGAUGGAAUUUAUGCUUUAUGGCGACUUAAAGACAUAUUUAUUAGCCAGAAGACAUUUGGUUAAUGAUCGAAGCUAUGAAGAUUCUGACGAGAUCUCGAAUAAAAAAUUAACCGCCAUGGCGUUGGAUGUUGCUAGAGCACUCAGCUAUUUAGCACAAUUGAAAUAUGUUCAUAGGGACAUCGCUUCGCGUAAUUGUCUAGUGAACGCUCAACGAGUGGUGAAACUUGGUGAUUUUGGUAUGACGAGGCCAAUGUACGAGAAUGAUUAUUACAAAUUUAAUCGUAAGGGUAUGUUACCGGUAAGGUGGAUGUCACCAGAAUCACUAGCACUAGGUAUCUUCACGCCAGCGUCUGAUGUCUGGUCUUAUGGUGUACUACUUUACGAGAUCGUCACUUUUGGCAGCUUUCCUUUCCAAGGGAUGAGCAACAAUGAAGUACUCACCCAUGUAAAGGCUGGCAAUUGUCUCACUGCGCCGAAGAAAAUAAAAAUACAGCUCGAAAAUUUAAUGUAUUCCUGUUGGAAUGUGGAGCAUACAAAGAGGCCAACGGCGCCGGAGAUCGUGGAUUUUCUGGCUAUGAAUCCUCGUAUCAUCGCACCUUGUCUAGACGUGCCUCUGUCGAGCGUGCAGUUAGAACACACCGCGCAACUCGAUAUACAACUGUCGGAGAGUAACCGUAAAUUUUCUAUUCCGUGGCCAUCACAGCGUUUAUCCUCGCAAACACACGGACUGAAGUUUCCAAACUCGCCAACUCCGCUUCUGCUGGACUUGAACGGGCAGGACGACGAUCAGACUUUAGACUCCUUGAUCAACCAAUCCUGCGAACAGGACAGCUCUAGUCCUCUGUUGGAUCCUACGAGAGCUUCGAUUUUGAAACAGGCGUGGCUCCAUGGCGAAGAUUCCAACAUUAAAGAUAACGAGCCUCACAGAUACGUCAAUCUUCAACCAGGUAUGUUGAAGUUGACCGAGCCAUGUAGUAACGGUAGCGCUGGGAAUAUCCAGAUGGAGGAAAGAACGUCCGGGGUGACCGAGAAGAAAAGUACUGAUGACGUAUCAGUACUCUGACGCAAUUAGACAAUUUUAUGAAAGAGAAUUUUAUGAUUGAGAACUAGUCAGGUAUUUCAAGGUACGUUCGAAGUUAAAGGGAUAUAACUGUACAAGAUCAAUGUCAUAUGAUGACGAUGAUCAUUCCAGAAUAGAUCAAGGAAGUUAACAUAUGAUUUCAAGGUAAUUUCGCUUUCGUCGAAUGUAAUCACCAGCGUCAUACUAAAGAAUUCUUUUAAUGAGUCCAGAGAGAAUUGGCUCUCGCUGAUGUGCUGAUGGCAUUUUUUAACUAGCCAAAUAUUUUCCUGAAUUCUCUGAACGAUAAAAAAGUCAAAUCAAUCUAACUGAUUGCGAUCUAACUCUACAAUGAAAAUUUUCUUUUAUAAGAGAAUUCUUACUUACACUUUUGAUUGCAUAGCAUUUUUUAAAAAUGUACAUAAUAGUAGCAAAAUUCGGUCUCGAAUGAUUUUAAUAGAUAGUUCAACGAUGAUGCUUAUGUAAAAUAAUUCAUCA